AGCAGCAAUGACUGAGAUUUUGGAGGAGCGGCCUUUCGGCUCGCAGUAUACCAAUGUCUAUCUCUCAAUUUUUGUCCUUUUUUGCUUUAAACUUUUUGUCAAGAUCAGCUUAAACAUACUGACCCACUUCUAUGUGGUUAAAGGAAACCGUAAGGAGGCGGCCCGGAUCGCAGCUGAGUUCUACGAUUUUGGCCAAGGGCACAGUUCAUGGGCGGAUCGUUCUCCACUUCAUGAAGCUGCAUGUCAGGGUCGACUUCUGGCGCUUAAGACUCUUCUCUCACAGGGUUACAGUGCAAAUAUCAUCACCAUUGAUCAUGUGACUCCACUGCACGAAGCUUGUCUGGGAGAUCAUGUAGCAUGUGCCAGGGCUCUCAUAGAAGCCGGUGCCAAUGUGAAUGCUACGACUAUUGACGGCGUGACCCCACUGUUUAACGCAUGCUCGGCAGGAAGUGUCACCUGCACAGAGGUGCUUUUGGAACAUGGAGCAAAACCACAGGCAGAAGCGUUCCAGCCUUCGCCCAUUCAUGAGGCCUCUAGCAAAGGCCAGGCAGCAUGUAUAGAAUCUCUCAUCUCGUGGGGAGCAGAUGUAGAUUUCGACAUCCCUCAUCUAGGAACACCUCUCUACAUUGCCUGUGUCUCCCGGCAGCUCCAGUGUACACAGAAACUUCUGGAUGGAGGAGCGAAUGUGCAGAAGGGCCGUUUCCUUGACACACCACUGCACGCUGCAGCACAGAAGGACUUUCCAGAAAUCAUCAGAGUGCUGCUAGAUUUAGGCGCUAACAUCAACGCUCGCAACCUGGAGCUACAAAGGCCGGUGGAGACAGCGCCACCCAGCAGUACGGCAGAGGCUGUGCUCCUUCUUUAUGAGGCCACGCCGCGGUCUCUGUGUCAGCUGUGUAGACUGAGUAUUCGAACCUACAUGGGCCGAUCCAGACUGCAUCUGAUUUCUCACCUCAAACUGCCUACUCUGCUCAAGAGUUUCCUCCAGUACAGAUAGAUUCUGUACU